CAGACAAUGGACAAUGGACCACGCGCCACGCCCCCUCGGAUUGAGCAUUGAGCAGAACAAAGUUUAGUUUGAAGUGAAAUUUUUCAUUUUUUAUUGUACAUUUGAGAAACUCGUACAAGGAAAAUGACGUCGAAUAUUUUGAAAAGAGCCAUGCUUUUGCCUUGGACGCCCAGAGUGCAGUUUGUUCGGUUCAAAGCGAAGAUUAACAUUCAGAAUCCGGCUCCUCCGCACCCACAGAAGUUGAUCAUGCUCGAAUUCACAAAGCCAAUUUACCCCAGACCGCCUCCAACCGUUGCAGAAAUUUGUCAAAAAAAUUUGGACGGACGCGGGGAGGAGGAUCAAAUAGACAACCCAUACGAAAGAAUACUAGCCAAGGAAUUGAUGAAUUGGGUAGAAAAGUCGGAAUUUGUUGCCUUAUUCCAAGAAAUUAGCAUGGACGGAGAAACCAGAUACAAAGAAUUUGCCAUUCUGAAGCGUAAAGGCAUCCACAUUGAAAAAAUUGGCAAGCAAGUAGCAACUAGAGCUUUUAAGGAUACCAAGUACGAAGUACUUUUGCCGCUACUCGUCUAUCACAACUCGAUAGCUUUUGCUGAAAGUCCCACAGCAGUCGCAACAUUUAUGAAGCUCAGGAAGAAGAUUCGCCAUCACAUUUUGCUCGCUGGAAUUGUUGAGAACCGAUUUAUGACGGUGGCCCAGCUGGAAAGGUUCGCCGCCCUGCCUGACCUGACUACAGCCAGAGCACAGCUGGUGUCAGUUCUGAACAGUGCCGGAAGCACCCUUGUAUCUAACCUGAACACGCAUCAACAAACUUUGGUUUCCAAUUUGGAGUCGAGGAUCGAGCAGCUCAAAUCCGUAUAGACACCCCUGCUCUGUGAUUAGUGGAAGACAUAAACGCUGGUAUAAAUUA